UCGUCCGUCACAAAGCGACCGCUCUGAGAUAGUCUUGUUUCAGUGGUUCGGAAAGGUUUGCAACAUAACCCGGUAAAGACAAACUCAGAGAUCGUACUCCGCCUUUGUGUCUGUGGCGGAAAAAAAAUGAGCUAGUUAACAUAUGUUCCUACUGUCCAGGAGAGAGCUGGGACGAUAACAAUGGGCGAGCGUCGCUUAAAAAAAAGUUGCUAGUUCGUUAGCACAGGAUGACGCUAAUGUUAGCAAACACACCGCUGGACUAAUCUACAUAUUCCCGAUGAUUCCGCCACAAAAAGGCCUCUAAAUGUGUCCGAUCCCUGCCGGAAAAAGAUAACCCCAUUACCUUGGCCAUAGUCUAACCUUGGAUGCAGGUGAAUGGGCGAAAUGAGGAGUAGUAAAAGGGCUCCUCUGUCCUUUGAUGUUUCUGUUCAUCACCACUCGGAUAACAACUUUAAUACAGAUUUAGCAACUGCAUGGAAGGGUUUGCCUCAGUCCAAAGCUGCUUUGCGACGUAUAGAAAACCAUGUGGAGGCAGUUCCUGGGACAACGGCGGUGCUCUUGUCAGUCAUGGACCCACCCAAGAAGACGGUCCGGGGCAGAGAUGAGACAAUAGCGUCUGUAAAGUCUACAGAACAUUGUUGGUCAAAUUCCAACGACAGACGCUCACGUAGCCCGCUAAGGAAUGCCACGCAAGACAGCAAUGUCGACAAGCACAACAGCCUGGUGCUCAGGUCAACACUCCCUUUGUACAGCGAGACCGCCCCUCCAUCACAGCCUUUAUCCCAGCUGCAAGCUUACCAACUGCAGUCAGGGUCAGGGCCUUUGUCCCCAUCCUCACAGCCCCUCUCAGACCCUCCGCUGAGUAAGCCUGUGUACCAGCAAGACACUCGAGACAAGCAGACAGAGGGGCAUCAGGACGCCACACACUCUGAAGACAGUGCAGAAACCCACUACCUCAAUAACCCGCCCACUGUGGACACCAUGCAGACUUAUGCAGAUCCGUCAACAGAUCUUGCAACAGAGGACCUUACUCCGGGGACACAAAUCACCCAGAGAAUGGAUCAACAAGAAUGCAGUCCACCUCUUCCGCCACACACAUGUAGAUCGGAGGGCAAUCCUUCUACCAGUCCCGGCUCAGAUCCCCAGCGCUUGUUUUUCCUGAGGCGACAUCAACCUAAUGAUCAGCUGGAAAAGCUCAAAGAGCGAAUUCGAAAGCAGGUAAAACAUCAGGAGGCGGCUGCAGAAAAAGAUAAAGUCUUGGGCCGUGUUGACCAGCCCAUUAAAGCUGCCUGGAGUAAAAAUGGUGGCACCAAUAACAUGCCCACACCCAAAAUAAGGAAAGUAGCAGCUGCACCUCAAGUGUCUUCGUACAAAGGCUUCAGCAAAACCGAGCCAAGGUCCCAUACGCCACAUGGAAACGAUUUAAAAGAGGAGGAUAUUGACCGCUUAAACCGAGACAUAUGCACAGACCUGUCAAGACAGUUGGCUGCAGCAUGCAGGACACCACAUGCGAGGCAUCGUUCUUCGGCGAGAGAAGUUCCCAAACCAACCAGGAAGAUUCACAAAGCUGCUCCUGUCCAAAAUGCUAAAAUAGCUUCCCAUCAUCGCUCCCAUCCAGAUCAAUGCCUAAAAGCAAAACCCCACCCUCAUCCUAGAAAAAUAGACAGGACUUACAAAGCAUUUCAAGGUCAAUCCAAAAGCCAUGCCCCAUCCACUUCUAGCUCCAUGUCUGGUGGUCAACGCAAGUACCCAGCAGCUCAAGGCAGAAAGCUGUUGUCAUCGGACAUCGGGGCCAUACAUACUGACCCUGAGCUUGGAUGCAAAGCAGUCGAAGAGGAGCGGUCUCUUCAUUUAUCUGAGAGAAGUAAAGGUAGUCAAAAGGGGAAGGCAAGGUCAUUGUCUCAAACGAGGACUCCCCUCUCCUUCUGGGGAACUGAGGUGCCAGCAUUUCGCCCUUCAAGAAACUGCCGUAGUGCCAACCCUUCCCCACACCGACAAGAGUCCUCUUAUGCGGCUGAAAUGAAGGAGAAAAAGCGCCACUACGAUGCAGAUAAAAUUCGUCAGUACAUUCUCAAGCAGAAAGAGGACAGAAAGAGACGACAAGCAGACCAGAAGAAGUCAUUAAUAACGGAGACAGAAAAAAGAAACCAGAGGCUUCAGGAGCUUUACAGGAGGCAAAAGGAAAUGGCCAAGACAGUGGUCAAUCCCACUGAGGCUCCUGUAGUCCCUGUGCCAAAACGAUACAGAGACGAAACCUACAACCUGUCAACAGUGGAGGAAGUCACACAGAGUGCUGCUACCUCAAAUCAUGUGAGACUAAUGUAUCAGCCCUCUGGAGAGUCUGAUAAAGAGAACAAUAAAAUGGAACUGCUGCAAAGCCCUUCAAGUAGUGACAGGUCUUUGAAUGAUCAGCUAUCUCCUCCAUUAGAACGGAAUGAUUUGGAUGUUGGAGUUAGUCCUAGACUUAAUCAACAACUUCAGAGCCCAGUUUUUAAAUCCCUCUCUGAUUCCAGCAUUGGUGCACUACAAUGUACUAGCUACGACCCUCUUCUUUUUCGGCCUGUGAGGCUGGAGAACAUGAUGACGGCCGGUGACAUCAAGCCCACCCAUAGACUACACACAGCACCCCCGCCCACUAGUUAUCAGUCAAGGAGGUCCCGCAUUGAUGCCCUCAAGGCCACAGCCAUCUCCCUUUCUAAUCGUAUAGAGAGUGAGGCCCGGCAGAUUGCUCGGGUGGGGAUCAACUAUGGUGAGGCAACUUCAGUGGAUGUGGAUAUUUUGGCCCCAAGUUCCACUCCUGCUAAUCUUAAUGAGAGAGACUUGGCAGCUGCACACGGCACAUUACAAAAUACUGACUUCAAAUCAGUGAUUGAGAGGCUUUUAGUCAGCACAGAUCUUAGCUCAUACAAUGGCGCCUCCUAUCCAGGAGCUGAAAAAAUGCACACCUUGCCAGAACAACUACAGCAACUUUCUGCUGAUUUAACAGAGCACUCCCCUAGCAGUUACAAACUACAAAGAAUGAACCAAGGUAAUGAUUUUGAGAGACCAGACAACCUACCACUCAAUAAAGGACUUGGAGAACCGGAGGAGAAUAGGGUUGAUCUACAUGACUCAAGUGGAGGUUCCAUCAGUGAGGGCACCAUACUGAGCGAGGAAAGCAUAUGUAAGGAUGAAGCCAGCCCUCCUCAACCUUCCAACAAUUAUCUUGCAAGAUCACCGAAUUGCUUUAAUGACUUCGUUAGUCAAAGAAGGGAAAUGCAGAGCCUGACUAACUUCCAUGAGACGGCCAAGGGCUCAGCUCGCUCUGUGCCUUUUGCUCAACAAGAAUUUAGUCAAAUACCCUGGGAGGAGUUGAACAAAGGAGACCCUUUCAGUGUUAUAAAUAUUUACCUAAAGAACCUUCAAGGUAAAGUAAAUGAGAAGAAGUCCUCACCUGCUCGCUCUUUUCAUUCUGGAGAUUCCCACAGAGAAGCAGCAGUCUAUGAUGAUGACUUUGUGUCAUUUCAUGACAGUGUUGUUAGCCAACAGUCUCUGAAAAAUUCCAGUCCUCACAGUUUUGGACAUGAAAGUAAGAAAUCUCCGCCGUCAAGAGCAAAACAGCCUUCACCUCCCACCUUCCCAGAAUGUGGUUUGUCUCCAUCAGCAAUAUCUCUCAAGAAUAUACCACUAAGAAAUGGCAGAGUCGAUAACCGGGGUAAACUCCAGUAUUCUCCGAGCGCCCUGCAGCAGUGUAUAGCAGUAGAACUCAAGCACAAGGAGUCCAUAGAGGAGUCUUUAAGACAGCUUGGGGAAGUUGAGAGGCUGAUGGGUCUCCCUGUGGCUCAGCAGAUGGGAAUGCCUGUGGCUCAGCAGGAAAAAUCUCCUCCAUCAAGAGCAAGAAUUACUUCUUCAGGCUUUCCGGACUCUUCCGCAGCAGUAGAUUUUCGUAGUGACCCUCCAAGAACUGGCUUUGGCGACGGGGUCAGCAACAACAUGAAUGCAGGCAACGCAAAUCAAUUUGGCAGAGUUGAAAGCAGAGCAACAGGUAAUCUCCAAUAUUCUCCUGCUGUCUUGCAUCAGCAUUUGGCGGAAGAGCUCCAAUACCAAGAGACCAUGGAUGUGUCAAUGAGACAUUUAGGAGAUGUGGAGAGACUAAUAGGGGUGUCCAUGGCCCAAGAGGAGAGCGCUUCAUUGGCGCAAAUUCUGAAGACCAAGCAGCAGAAAUAUGAGAAUGACCUUUAUGAGCAGAAGAUUCAGGCAGAAAAAAAGGCUCUGGAGGCCCAGCUGCACCGGGAGGAAGACAGGCAGAGAACGGCCAGGGCUCAUGAAGAAUUGCUGGAAAAGUUAGUGCUUACUCAAAAAGAAACUGCAGAAGCAGCCCGUCACAUCAAGGAGUUGACAGAUCUGGCACGGUCUCAGAUUGAAGGUGCUCUAGCUGUCUCUGUUGUUGCUCCUGAGCAAUCUGUUCAAAGCAAGCAUCAGCGGGAGAAGAAGCAGAACAGGCCUGAUUCUGGCAGCUUCCAGAGAGAGUCGUCAAGUCGAAGCCCAAGUCACACCGAAUCACAACCCGUGCAAAGACCUAAUCUCAGUGGUGCAGACUCCAGCACCCUCAGUAGCCCCUCACGUACAUCAACAGACCUUAUAAAACCAGUAAACAAAGAGGAGGCUGAAUUGGAAUGGAAGAACGAUGAGAAGCAGGCAGAGCCGGAAGCAGGCUGCAGUUCAAUUGAUGAGGAAGGUCCUACAGCAGAUAAUGAAUCUGUCUGUAGCGAAAGCAUUCCCUCUCUAAUAGAUGACAAAGAGUAUUCUUUCAAGUUUGACACAUCCAGGACGGAGGAUGAAGCUGAGGAGCAUUCCUUCAACUCUCUACCGCCGUCUAAGGUGCACCGUCGGAGUUCUUUGGAGAAGAGGCCAGACAACUACAAGGAAUCAAAAGAUGAGACUUCAAACCACACCACAUCUGUCUCAGAGUCACAUAACAUCACAAAGUCUCAGAAUACAAGCAUGGCCUUUUCUGGUGGACAGGACAGCUUCUCCCGGUUCAAGAUGGACAUGGUGCGUCAAUAUGCAAAGGACGAAGACCUGAGGCUGCAGCAUCAGAACGCUUUGCUGCGUUUGCGACAGAAAGCUGUCAAGGAAAAGAUCAGAACCGAGCUUGCCUGGCUGGAGCACCAAAAGAAGCAGCUUAGGAACAAAGGCGAGGAUGACAAAUUGCCACCUAUCAGGAAGAAGCAGAAGGGUCUUUUGUUGAGACUCCAGGAGGAACAGGCUGAGAUCAAGCGCCUUCAGGAGGCUAACAAAGCAGCAAGAAAAAAAAAACAGCAAUUGUUGAAGCAACAGGAGGAGAUUGAGCAGAUGAGGAGCUCAACAUUGAGACUGAAAGAGCGUCUCAAGUCUGUUGGCUGUGAAGCACCGCCUGAAUCUCCGAUUUCAGAAGCUCCGCUGUCAGAGGCUGUGUCCUCCCACAUGAAGCAUGCUGAUGACAGCCGCACCCCAUCGCCUUCACCUUCUAUCUCUGGAAGUGAAACUAGCAGCAUCAUGCAGAAGCUCAAGAGGAUGCGCUCCCACAUGGAUGAAAAUCACUGUUCCCCUGUACAUUGCUUCUUCUCUGUGUUCACUUCCCAACACUGGGCUUCCCUUAGUGUCUGUCUUCCCAACCUUCAUCCUAAAUUCCAGCUAUUUGUCUCCAACCAGUUGGUCAGAUUCCUGACUAAGCGGGAACAGCAACUAAUGCACAGGCGUCACCAUGCCGAGGAGCUUCUGCAGUGGAAACAGCGUCUUGAUCAAGAGGAAGCAGAUGUUCUGAGGAUAGAGCAGGAGGCCCUGGCUGGUUGGACUGAGGGUUCAAAGAGUCACAGCAAGGAGAUAUCGGAAGUUAUCCCUGAGCCUAUUAAUCGUCAAAUCUCAGAGCGAAGAGCAAUCAGUGACAAAGAGUAUGUGACUGAAGACGAUUAUUCUUCAGCAACAUCGGAGUGCAGCAUACACACAGAAGGACACUCUCAGCAGCCGAGAAAUACAUCCUCUGCACAACCUGCAUCAGUUGCUGAAACGGUCUCCAACCUGAGCAGCCCUACAAAUUACACUGAGGACUUUGCUUCACUUACACUGAGCAAGCAGUCUUCUCCGGUCAAAGACAGCCGCAGCAGGGCUGCAGCUCCCUCCAAUAGCAGCAUGACAAGCAAGAUGCAGCUUCGCUCCUCCUUCCAAAUAUCAAAACAGGCCCCAAAUCAGCCGAGGGACACACCUGAACCGAUUUCAGAGCAGAGUGUCAUAAAGAGCCGUAUCAAGGCUCUGAAAGAAGAGCUGAGAAAACGAAAAUGUAUGGCCUAUCAGCUCAAAAGGGAGCAGAAGAUAAGAGAUAAGGAGCGCCUGAAGGCACAAGAGGCCAGCCUACUGAAACAACUGGAGAGUUAUGACAAUUACAUUGUAAAAACCAAGGCAGAACUGAACAAAGACUCUGAGCCAACUCCUGUUAGCAAGUCUGAGAAGAAAGACUCCUUAGAUACAAAUCAAUCCAGGCUCUUAUCACCUAUUCAAAGGUCUGAAACGGGUAAAAUACCGGCUGUAAAAGCACAAAUUAAUUCAUCACUCCACCGAGACAUCAACAGGUCUACCUCAGCAUCUGAAGAUCUCUCUGAUGAAGAUGCAUCUCCAACUUCUUUACAUGGCGGUCAAGAUUGCCUCACCUCAGAACUUAAGAGAUGUCAAUCACCAGACACUUCCUUAACAGCCUCUGCUGAACCUGAUGAGAUAAUUAGGUCUAAGAAUAACACUGUGGCUGAGUUACAGUCUCCUGCCACAGAUAUCAAAAUUUCAGAUCUUAAUGGCAACCCCUCAACCUGUGACCAUUCCUGUGGGUCUGAACUGGAUGUGCUCUCAGUGACGGAGAAACCUGUGAAGGAUGUAGAGCAGCUUUAUAAUUCCCAGACAGAAUACCAAGAUGACUUUGAGUCAUCAGGACCAUCAACGCCACAGAAGGAGCAACAUAUUUCAAAGCCGGUACCAGUUCACCAUACUGAAAUCAGGUCAGGUAGUCAAGAUGAAGAGAUAGAGGAGGACAUAGCAGAAGAACAAAGUCACUAUUCAAUUACUAGUGCUGCAAGCCAUGAAUCUGGUGGCCUGUUGGAUCUUCAUCUGCAAACUGAAGGUGACUUUAAAAAUGACGGUAACACCAUCGAUUCCAGCCUUCUGCAAGGCCCUUUGCCUCUGCCUGUAGAUGAAAUGCCUAAUUUCAAUAUCGGAGAUGGAGUUCUUGUAAACCACGUCCAACCUGGCUCUUUAAGAUUUAAAGGUUCAACCAGCCUUACAGGUGGCUUUUGGGAUGGUGUGGAACUUGACAUCUAUACAGAUGCAACAGGUCAGGAGGGUUCAUACGCAAAGGAUGUGUCAGCUCAGUGUGAGGUCGAGCAUAAAAGUAAUGAGGCUAUAUCUGAAAAUGUAAGAAGUCCGGAGAAAAGUGAAGAAUGGUCUUACGAUGUUUUUGGAGACCAAGUGUUAACCGAUGUAGCAGAGCAAAACUUCAAGAGCCAAGAACCACCAAAAACUGAAGCACACCUUGAUUCACAAGGUGACCACUCUGUACCACGAAAUGCUCAGGAGUCAACUGCCAUUGUGGAGAUUAAUGAUGUUCUAAACCAAUCCAUACUGAAAAGUCAAGAGAUAACUGGGACUGUUGAGAAGGAUGACAUUCUAAACAGAUCCUUGACACCAAAUAGUCAGGAGAUGGUUCUAGAUCAGUCUUUACUACAUAAUGAUCAGAAGAUUGGGACCGUAGUUGAUGAGGAACAUGUACACUCCAAAUACCAAUCAAUUUCUCCUGAGGUUUCAGAUGAAAUUAGGUAUGAGAAGGUGGAGCAAAGGCGUCUCAAAUCUCCGGACACAUUAGCAGACAAAUUACUAAGUAACGUUGUGAACGACGCCAUCCACCAUUUGGUCCAUCUCAAAAGGGUUAAAGAACAGAAAAUCGAAGCUUCCAACAAGAUCGAAGGAGGCCUCUUUGAGCUGGAUGAAGGGCGUAUUUAUUCAUUGGAACAUCAAGAUGGUCUAUCUUCUUUUUUAACUGAAGAGGAGCCAUCUUCUCCAGAGUUGUUUAACCGACCGGAGAGUCCGAUUUUGGGGGCUAGUGGACAAGAAGAGCUUGCCAAACGACUUGCAGAGCUAGAACUUAACCGCGAUCUGCUGGAGGACCUCGGAGACGAUCAGGACUGGUUUGAUGAGGACUUUGGCCUCAGCUCACGUCGGGAACAACAGAGACGCCAACAGACACAGAGAGAAGAAACAAAACAUGGAGCAGAACUGAGAAGCUCUGGUUCCUUAACCGAAGAUCCACUGAGUGGGCUGGUCCCAGAUGGGGACCAGUCUGUGAAGACUCCACCAAGACCUACUCUUCCUCUCCCCAUGCCACCGAAACUGCCAGAACAACCUGCCAUGGUGGUGCCCCACUCAGCCGUAGAAGUCGAGAAAAUGGUCCAUGUUGCCAUUCAGGAGAUGUGGGAGAGCUGUGGCCUUUCAAAGGAAGGAAGACGUUUGCUUUCAGGCAUGAACUGCCCCAAACCUUCACAAGUAUAUUUUGCUGUUGAGAGCAGUUCCACAAACCAGGAGGCACUCUGCAUCCGCAGCUACAAAAAGGCUGUGUAUGAUCUAACAUGGGAGAUACUCCAGGAAAUUUAUGCUGAAGACCCCAGUGCUAAUCAUCCUAAAUGGGUAAAACCACAGCGAGUCAGGUCGGCCUUUCACCACAAAGUCCAGACACCAGAAGACAUGACAAAAAUUCAGGAAUUUGUCACCGAAGAAGUUCUAAAACUUUACGGUUUGGCCAAGAAUAUAGGUAAAAAGUCAGACUGGCAGAAGAUGCUGAAAUUUGGCCGAAAGAAGCGCGACAGAGUUGAUCAAAUACUGGUACAGGAGCUCCACGAGGAAGAGGCUCAAUGGGUGUGCUACGAAGAAGAUGAGCUGUCUGUCAAGAUGCAACUGGCUGACAGCAUCUUUGAUGUGUUGCUGAAGGACACAGUCAACAUGCUGAGUCUUCUAACCAAGAGGGCCACCAUUCAUUAAUGGUUGAAUGUAAUCCACUAUGAAUUGACUAGUACCGGUACAUGGGUUUGGAAUUUUUGCAUAGAGGUAUAAAGGUCAGUGGCACAUUUUGGCUUAAAUAAGUGAUGUCAUUUGUAGCCUUUUUACUAAAAUGUAUAAUGUAGGGGCCUUAAUCACAUCCUACUGUCAAUUGUCUUUUUUAUUUGUUUUCCUUUGAUCUCAUCCUCCUUGCUUUCUUUUUCCAUAUUGUGUCCAAGUAAUUAAAAUGUGUCACUGAUUUUGAACAUUCAAAUUGCAAUCAAUUUGGACAUCAUAGAGAUAAGAUAUUGUGUAAAACCUCUUAAAUAUGUUUAUUUAUUGUGCAGAAAAGAGAAUGCUGGAUUUGUAUAUUAUGUCAGAUUUAUAAAAGAGUUUUAUUGUUAUUCAAAGUAAAUCUAUAGUGAUCCAAUUGUAAAAGCACAAGAAAUGUGAGCGUGGCAAUAUUAUGUCAGAGAUUUAAAAUAGAGAAAGUAGUAUUUAAAAGUCACCUUCAUGAUAAGUGUGUCUGUCCCACAUCUGUGCUGUAAUGUUAGCACUAACUUCACAAAGUUAAAUACUACUGAUUCUUGUUUGAAUUAUAACUUAUGGGGUUCUAUUAGAAACAUAUUUUGGUUGAUUCAAAGAUAUUUGCAAUUCGAUGUGGGGCUUUAGGAUGACAAUACACUACAUAUUAGCAUACAGUGUGCAAGUGGGACAAAGAAAGGAAUAUUAGACUUUUUGCAUGGUCCUGAAAUGCUGGAUUUGAGCCUUUUUACACACAUUUGAGUUAGUCCAGUAUCUCUUACACCUUCUGCUCAGCCUCAGUGCAGCCCUUAUGUUGAUUUUGCAAACCAUAAGCAAGGUCAAAACCAGCUGCCAGUACUUUGCCAGGUGACAAACUUCAACCAUCAUUUAAAGUGCCUCUUUACAUCGUGGUAGACCAUGUUUAUUAGCUUAUCUUUUGGACGGUCUGUUUCUUUUUUUUUAAAUUAUUGUACACCUGUCUUCUUUUACCGGUCUGCUGGAAAAUAAUUACAUGACUUCAGUUUGGGCCUUAACUCACUUGUUAAUGUCAAGGUUUUAACUUGUUCAUGUUUUUGUCAAAGCCUGAUGUCAAAGACACAGUUGAUUGGUUUUAGAUACUCAGUUCAUUUCCAUUAUCACACUGGCUUCUAUUGUGGUCCUCCUAAAUCUUGCUAUGGGAAAGCCAGCUUUCUUCCUUUCAGACUUUUUUUUUAAAGCUAAAGUGACCUUAACUUUAACCCAUUUUAACCCUCACUUGUUAGAUAAUGUACCAAAAUAUGUGAUGCCAAGCUCACCCCUCUUAGAGUGAAAUUCUUCUAUAAUUGAUUGUAAAUUGGAGAAAUGAACACUCCGUUGUAACUAUGCAGUGCUUUAUGUAGUUGGCUAAACACCUUUUUACACCUCAAAUGUGUCCAUAGAAGAGCCCUUUCUUCUCUGGAAUGGGAGAUGAAGCAACUUUGUCAUUUGAUCCCAGUAGAAAAAUAAGAAUAGAUGUAAUAAAUAAACCUCAUCCUACUAAUCCUCCUCCCUUUUUAAUUGUUUGAAAUGUUAAUUAAUAUUUAUAAUAAUGUGCUGUGAGUGCACCAAGUGCACUUUGCUUGUACAAUACUUCUAUUGUUGUAAAUAUACUGAACUAUUGUAGCCAAUCUGACCUGCUCUUAAAGUCACCUCAGUGACCGUUGAAAUAUGGAACGGUUUACUUUGCAAACUUGUACAUAUUUGUAGACUUUGGUACUGUAAAUAAAGCUUUGUUUGUAAAGGAAA